GGGGGACUGGAAAAAUUAUGUACGGAGGCUGACAUACCGCUUGAUGGUGCACAGCCCCUUAUCCUUGCGUGGCAGCUAAGGAGUAGCGAAAUGGGCAAGUUUACGAGGGCAGAAUGGUUGCAUGGAAUGGGCUUACUUGAAAUCUCCUCGUUGCCAGUUCUAGCUCAAGCUUUGAGAGAACUCGAAGAUCUUCUUAUUCGUGAUAAGCAGGCGCUCGCUCGCUCGGCUUCCAUCUCGAGUCAAGCAAAGAAGCGUGGCGGUGCAAGCACAAAAGAGCCCUAUAACCGAACUCGUUACAGGGAGUAUGCUUCUGACCGCAAGACUGCUUUCGCAGAUCUCUAUCAGUUUUGCUUCACGCUUGCUAAGCCACCACAAGCACGAAACAUCGACUUAGAGACGGCUAUGGCGCUGUGGUCGGUGCUCCUUGCUCCACGAUAUCCAAUCAUCAACGAUUUGAUCACCUUCUUACCUGAGAAAGGUACAUACAAAGGUGCAAACAAGGAUAUUUGGAAUAUGGUACACGAGUUCUGCCACGCUGUGGACCCUUCCUUGUCCAAUUAUGAAGCUGAUGGGGCUUGGCCAUCAUUACUCGAUGACUUCGUUGCAUGGAUGAAGAGUAAGACAGGUGAUGGCGUGGAGCCUGUUCCAGCCAAGGAGGAGUGAUAGUGAUCGUUGCUGUCAUACAUUGUCGAUCGUAUAAUGUCUACUCGAUUGGUACGAUUGUCGACUGCGAGCAUCAUUUAGUCAUUCGUGACAGUAGUCGAUACAUCUUUUGCAUUUGUUGGGUCCUGCCAGUCCU